UUCGAAAACAAUAAAUAGAUAGAAACGAAAAUAAUGUUCAGAUAAGAUCCUUAUUCUAAGAUUCAAGGAUAGUUUGAUUAAAAUUGUUCAUUUUGCAAUACUCGAGUAGUAGAUCCACUUGUUUUAAACUGUAAUCAUGAAGUCUGUUUUAGCUGUGCAUGCUAAAAGGAAAAAAUAUGCUAGAAUUAAUAAUCAGCAUUUAUUGAAUGCAUUGUUUGCAAAAGUUGCACUUUCAUUAAUCAGCUUCAUUUUUCUAGUAGUCGCAAUAAAUAGAUUAGCCAUGGAUUUAAUAUACCAUAUGAAUAGCAAGAAAAGUAGAAAAAUAAUAAUGAUAGCAACUUUUAGGUUAGAGGAGAGUGCAAUUUCAUUAGAAUGGCUAGACAAUAAAGUAGUCUAACUAAUCUUCAUAGUAAAAGCAGUAAUGAAUAAUCUUAUGCCAUGGAUAAGUGCAUGAAUUAUUUAGAAUUAGGAUAAAAGGAUAAAAGCUAUAAUUUAGAUUAAAACUCAUAACUAUCUUAAACUGCUAUAAAACAAAGUUAUAAUUAAAAUAUUUUACAAAAAUGCUAAGCAAUCAAGAAAAAUAACAAUUAAUCUGCAUCACCAAAAGUGAUAGGAAGAUGCAGUAGUGAAUCUAAAUUAGUAAAACCAACUCAAAAUAUGAAUAACAGCAAUAACUACAAUAACAAUAAUAAAAAUUGUAAUGUUAUUAAUAGCGCUCAAAAAAUACCAAAUUUCAAUUAAUUAAAGUCUAACUAGAAUCCAUCCUCAUCCUAUCUUAAUAUCUUCUCAAGUCGCUAAAACUAGCAACAUUAGCAGAUGCCUUUCUAAUAAGAAAACUAUGAAAACAGGUCACUGAAAAACAACUGCAUAACUCCUGAAAAGAUAACUGAAAAGUUAUUAGACAUGUCACUAGUAGACUCUUCAAAUAGAUGCAAAAGUUAGAGAAAUUACACAAUCAGCCCAAAUAAAUUUAAUGCUGAAUCCCCGAUAUAUCAACAGAAUAAUACUUACCAGAAGCCUUAAUUAAGCAGCGAUAAGUUAGAAUAAUAAAUUCCUAUACUUUAGGACUAGAUGCUAAAAUAGAAGAACAACGAUUCAUUAAAUUAAAAUUGCCUUACUUAAAGUUAAAUUAAGAAAAAUAAUAUAGAAUUAAGUGAAUGUAUUGAGCACAAAGAGCCAUAUAGCUUAUUUUGUGAAACAGACAAAAGAUUGUGUUGUGUGAACUGUGUCUACAAGGGAUAAGGGAGCCACAAGAACCAUAAUGUGAUGCCUUUAAAGCAGUCAUUUAAUUUACUAAAAUAAGAACUAGGUAAUUUUAAAUCUAAACAAAAAGACAAGCUGCACUAAAUAGACGAAGCAAUCAGAAUUCAAACUUUGAAUAAGCAGGAAAUGCUUAAGACAUUUUUAAGCUUUAAAGAAGUAGCAAAUAAGGAGUUUCAAAAAUUGAUUUAAGCUAUUUAGCAGAGACAGUAAGUAGUUCUGGAGGAAAUAAAUUCAUCAUUCUCUUAAAAACUUCUAGAAACUGAUGACAACCUUAAGUAACUUUAAGAAAUUAGAGUAGAAUUCAAAAACUUUAAAGAGAUAGAUAGCUAAUUAAAAAACGGAAAUUUCUAACAACAAGUUAAGGUUUAUUCUGCAAAAUAGUAGCUUUCUAAAUCUCUUAAAGUAUUUGAGGGGAUAUAAAUUAUAGAAAAUACCAAAGAAGAAAUAAAUUUAUUUGAUUUCUAAACUAAGCACCAACUAUUACAAGAUAUAAACUAGCUUGGUAGAAUCAAAAAUACUAAAAAAAUAACUCACAAUUAAGCUCAACAAAAGUCCACUUAUUCAUCUAAUUGCAAUAUUUUGAAAUCCUCUUCCUCUUUUAUUGGAAGCAACUAGAAAGCGAAAAUGGAAGAAGAUAACAUUAUUGAUUUAAGUUAAAUGCAACAUUUAGAAUAGACUACGCAAAGAAAUUUAGAUUUAAAGUUAAGUCUAAAUGCAGCUGGUGUGAGAGCAUCUCUAGAAACACCUAGUGGGUAAAACUCUGUUAAUUCUAGGUAACGAAACCAAUCGAAUACCUAAAAAUCAAAUUCUCUAUCACAAACAAAUUUUUCAAAUUAAGUUUAACAACAAUAACCAAAAAUAAACGUGAAUUAAAUAAUUUAGAGUAUUCCUCACACAAAUAAUAUCUUACCCGCAAAGGACUAGAUUCAAAAAUAAAAUAACAUUACUCCUCCUUAAAUGGAUUAUAAUAUGAAUAUUUUUGUAGCUGAUCAACUUAAUUAAUAGAACACAGUUUAAACAGAAAGAUAGUCAUGCUCAUCUUAAGUUUCAAAAAAAAGUUUUAUGUUUAACGAUAAGCCUCCUUUGAAUGUAAUCAAGAAACAGUAAAGCAAUUUUAAAAUGUAAACAACAAAUGAUGUAAAUUUGAAUGGAACACCAAACAUUUAAUUCAAUCAAUGUUUAAAUAAUUAAAUCAAGGAUAAUUAAGUGAAAUAAACUAAGGAGAACCACCCAUCUUCCUCACUCUUUUUAUCGAAUGAUGGAAGUUAUUUAAAUAUUUAAUCUCAAAAUAAUGUAAAUAGAAACAUGCCUUUAGAAGCUUAAACAAACAAAAGUGAGGCAUCGAUACAAAAUUAAGUAUUGUAUUAGACUUAAAGUGGUCAUUACUCCACUAAAAAGACUUAAUACAGUUCUCUUUCUCAAAACAAUCAAAAUAAUGGAAAAUUUGCUUCACUUACAGCACAAAUUAAAUAAAUAACUUAAAAUGUUCCUGACUUUUUUGAAAAUGAUGACCGUGACGUCAUUGAAAUACAAGAAAGUGAUAAGGAAAACGCAUUGCAAGAGCCUGAAGAAUAAAUGAGAUAUCUUAAUUCUGUAAAUUCAAAUUUAGAAUAAAAAACUACCUAAUCAAAGUAAUAAGAAAAUUUCAACCUUACAAAGAAUUCAACUAUAGUAAAACAAAGUUAUUUAAUUAAAUCGACGACUGAUGAUUUUAACAGUCCAAUAGUGGCUACUUUCUAAUAAGAAGCAAAGUAAAGACCUUCUAUCCAAAAAAAUGUGCCAUAAAAUAUUUAAUAAAAUAAAGUUUUUGAGGAUAAAACUUAUUAGAUAUUAAACCAAACACAGUAAAACAGCAGUUUUAACAACAAUAUAACAAAUUCAUGUCUGCUUAAUAUGACUCAAAUGUCUAACAAGCAACAGCUAGAAAACAUGAAAAAUUUUUAAAACUCUUGCAACAAAAGCAAUACAAGCUAAAUACAAAACAAAAAAAUCAAUGGCAGUAAAUAGUUUUUUAAUGAUGAAAGCAUGGAAAACAGUUGUGAAGGAAACAAAGAAUUAAUCCAGUAACUAAAUGCAGAAAUACUUAACGAGAAUUUUACCCUCGAAAGUGAUUAAAAAAAAGUUACUUUAUGUGCAUAAUUAAUUGAAAGUAAGAAUUUAAAAGUAAAUGACUCUGAUCAGGUUGGAAAUAUUAACUCACAAUAAUUUAAUAAUUAUACCUGUAAUAAUUUCUAAUAGAAUAAUCAAUCUAUUCUAUUUAAUUAAUCAAAAAUAUUAGAUUCUCAAAGUAGAAAUUAGCUUUUAGGAAUUUUACCAUUCAAAUUGAGAUCAAGUAAUCUAAUUUAUUCUAUGAAAGAAGAUAAAUUAUCAUCAGAUGAUUUUCAUGAAAAAUGCGAUGGAAGAGGACCUUACAUUAUUUUAAUUAAAGCUAACUCAUUCAUAUUUGGCUAUUAUUCUCCUAUUUCAUUCGUUUAAUGUGAUAAAUACAUAACAUGUUCUAACAGUUUUAUUUUUUCCCUAAGCAAUAUCUAUAAUACUUCGCCUUUAAUAUUCCCUAUUAAGCAAGAUAAGAAGUUCAUAGCACUCUAUCAGAGCAUUAAGAAUCCUUGUUUAGGAAGCACUCUAUAGAACAAGCAAGAUUUAUGGAUCAACUUUGAUGACCCAAGAAACUCAGUCUCAUGUUUAGGUUAUGCUUACUAAUUAGAUGGUUAAUAUGAAGGAAGCAAAAUAUUAGCUGGGUAAUACACAGAUUGGAAUGUGCAAGGCAUAGAAGUCUACUAAAUAACAUAAUGA